CAUUGUCUGUAGACAAGACUCCACAAUACCGUAUAUAAGGUCCUGUCGAGCUUAUUGUAUAAAAGACUAAAGCUGACCAUCAACGACCUGAUUGAACCUUAUCAGUGUGACUUUAGACCUAGAAAAUCCAGAUCUUGGAAAAGACCCGAGAGAGAAGAAUUGAUACACAUCACAUUUUCAUCGAUUUUAAAGCUGCCUUCGAUAGCAUGAAAAAGACCAGUCUGAAUUUGGUAUCCCUGUAACACCAAAAGCUCCGUCAGGAUAGGGAAGGACCCCUUCGAGCCAAACGAGGCUUCAGACAAGGCGACUUCUUCAAUCUAUUUCUGGAAAAAAUAAUAUGAGCUUCAGAGCUAAAUAGAGAAGGUACAAUAUUCUAUAAGAAUGAUAUUGAUAUCAUCGGAAGCAACAACGGCGCUGUUAGUUCUACUUUUUCCAGACGGGAUAUGGAAGCGAAGCGUAUGGGUCUGAUGGUGAGUGAAGACUAGACGAAAUAUCUCCUGUCAUCAAACAAACAAUCUGCGCAUUUGCGUCUUGGCUCCCACGUCACUUUUGAAGUCGUAGAUAGUUUCGUCUACUUUGGAACCAGCAUCAAGAACACCAACAAUGUCAGCCUCGAAAUCCAGCGCAGAAUCACUCUUGCCUACAAGUGCUACUUUGGACUGAGGAGGCAAUUGAAAAGAAGUCCUUUCUCGACACCUCAACAACCUGAUAUAUGGCGCAGAAAUGUGGACGAUGGCUACAUCCGAUGAGACGACUCUUGGGGUUUUGCGCAAGAUGUAUGGUCCUCUGAACAUUGGCAAUGGCGAAUAUCGCAUACGAUGGAACGAUGAGUUGUACGAUUUAUACGACGACAUUGACAUAGUUCAGCGAAGAAAUGGCGCUAAACUGCCAAAAGGAGAGAUGAAUGGCGCGCUCUGGUUGAUUCGGCUGACUAAGUAUUAUAGAAAAUUUGUAGGCGCCCAAUUGUUAUUAUGACUUAUUAUAUCAAGAAUUGCAACACUAAUUCGUGGCACGAAGCAAGCAUGUAACUAAAUGAUAGAUCAAUACCAGACAGUCAAAGACCUAAAUAAUAUCAAUAAAUCAUUAAGACAUGCAACAAUGCGGUUAUUUAUAUAAUGCGCUGCAUACCCAAGAAAGAUUUUGUAUCAAAGUCUUGGUAUCUUGAUAUAAAAUAGGUUAUAAGAUGUUUUCGCAACACAUUUGAAAAGUCGAACUCAAAAUGACACAAACAUCAGCAGCGGAGCGACGUGAACGCAUUGGCAUUGCGCGCGUACUCAUGUGCGCGCUGCAAUUCCUCGGACUCUGGCCAAUGUGGAACGAACGCCCACAGAGCGCCGCGUCAACACAAUGCAGCAUUUGGUUGCGGCGCUACUACCGCUAUCUGCUGCACGUGCCGCUCACAUUCACCUACAAUACGCUCAUGUGGAUCGAAGCGCUGACGCGUUGGGAACGCGCCGAUCACAUACUGUACAUCUCCAUCACCGAAGUGGGCAUGAUGGCGCUGGCGCUGAACUUCUGGCGCAUGGAGAGGUGCGCUUGGCACUUCAUGCAUGAGCUCAAUCACAGCGACUGCUUAGCGUUGCGCAACGAUGUGGAGCGCGAUUGGUGGUGUGGGCAGCAGCGUCUCUUUGCGCGCAUUGUCGUUUGUUAUAUUGGCGGCGGCGCGGGUGUGCUCUUUACGGCGUUCGGCGCAACGCUAUUCAUGAGCGGCUACUCGCUGCCCUACGACUAUUGGCUGCCAUUCGAAUGGCACAACGCACAGAAUUAUUGGUACGCCUACGGCUAUGAGGUGAUAGCGAUGUCGCUCACUUGCAUCUCGAACGUCACCAUGGAUAUGCUGCUGUGCUAUUACCUCUUUCACGUAGCGCUUUUAUACAAGUUAAUUGGCAUGCGUCUAAUGGCGUUGCAGCAUCUGAGUGAACCGUUGGCCGUGCAACAGCUGAUGAACAUAAUCGAGUUACAUAAAAGAGUCAAAAGGUUGACAACGCAAUGUGAGUCGCUGGUGUCCGUGCCCAUACUGGUGCAGAUUGUGCUCAGCGCCUUCAUUUUAUGCCUCAGCGCCUAUCGCUUACAAAGUAUGCAAAUCAGCGAGAAUCCAGGCCAAUUCUUAGCCAUGUUGCAAUUUGCCAGCGUGCUGACGCUGCAAAUAUUCCUCCCAUGUUACUUUGCCAAUGAGAUUACCAUAAAUUCGGAUGCGCUGACAACGUGCGUAUACAACAGCAGUUGGGAGCAAUUUUCACCGUCCACGCGCAAGCAAAUGAAUCUGUAUAUGGAGCUGUUGAAGCGGCCAGCGCACAUAAAGGCUGGAGAUUUUUUCCUGGUGGGCCUGCCUGUCUUCACAAAGGUUGCUGCUGCAUGACAUGAGUGCACCUCCGCAUGUAACUAAUAACUACUUUUAAUUAUUCCCUAAUAGACCAUGAAUAAUGCCUACAGCCUACUGGCGCUGCUGCUGAAUAUGAGUAAAUAAGAGAGAUGAGCAAAAUUUAAGCCGAUUCGUAACGUCUCUGAACCAUUGAUUUAUCCAACAUCGAUUAAAUAUCGCUAACAAAAAUAUGAAAUUAUUGAAUUAAUUAAAUCAUAAAUUAGGUCAUUAAGUUUGUUGUUCACAUGCACUCAAUUAUGCUUUAAUGAAAAAUUCAAAAAUUAAAAAUUGCUAGAAAAUGAUCUUGUAUACGAUCGCAACAAAGUUGC